GCCACGAUCGCUACUUAAGAGUAUCGGCAUAAUAACCCAUAGCAGAAGCACCAACAGCCAACACCGUGCGUGCCCUACGUCAACUGUGUCGUGGUCGGCGUCCUUCAUUUAUUGUUUAAUGUUUCCAAAUUUAUAUUGCAAAUAUAUGCCACAUUCGUAUUAUAUCGGAAUUAAUAUCAGUGUGCCUUACUACAUUCUUAUUACUUUUAUUAUAGAACACAAAAAGAUCUAAUUUCCAAUGACGCAAAAAUAAAUCUAUCAUAUUCUAUAUGCAUCGCCACGUAAUAUCAUAGUCAAAAAAUUUUGAAAAAAUAUUGGUUCCUAUAUACCUAUAGUGAAAGAGCAUAGCAUAGGAAAAUACUUUAAAAUAGGUGUGAAUAUGAGUUUUCUUUCACUUUCGCACAAAAACCGCAGCAAUAAUUUGCGAAAUUCAAAUUUUUCCGUGGAUAAAUGUUCUAAGUACUUGAGUCUAGACAGUAGAAUUGGUGCCCAACGAAGAAAUGUGCUAAGUGCAGGAUCCACGCUAUCGCUACAUGUGCCGCCUCGGAGAAUUUUAAAUAGAAAUGGUAGCAUUUCCUCAAACCAUUUUCGUGGUGUUCACAAACAUUUGUUAGAACAGCAUGCAGAAACUUUGUGUCACACGAUGACGAUUGAGGAGUUAUAUGAAGAAAUAUUGUUCGAAAUCACAAAUAAUAUUGGAUGUGAGGCCAAUGAUGUUUGCAAAGAAUCUCUAAUUGAAUUCGCUCAAGAAGCAUUUAAGAUACCUAAUUCCAAACAUAUAGAAAUACUGGAAGCUUCUAGAGGAAAGGAACCUCCGAAUAUUCGAUUAAAUGUGGAAAUAAUAAAGGCUGAAAAUCUUUUGCCGAAGGACUCCAACGGCUUUUCUGAUCCAUUUGUAACCAUUUAUUUGGAAUCCAAAAGUUCCCAUAGAUAUAAUUCAUCUGUAAAGACUGAAACCUUGAAUCCAAAAUGGGAAGAACAUUUCUCUCUGCCUAUAACUGACAAUCCUAGAAAUGAAGUGCUUAUUGUGGAAAUCUGGGAUUUCGAUCCAGCCGAAACUGUGAAAGAAAAAGUGAAUAAAAUUGUGGAUGUGAAAGGUAUUAAAGGUUUACGUAAAUUAAUGAAAGAAAUUGCUGUAACAGCCUCCACAGGCAAGCAUGAUAACGAAUUAAUUGGGAGAACGGCCAUUACGCUAAAGUCUGUUCCCGCAUCCGGAACAACAGUCUGGUAUAACUUGGAAAAAGGAAAUAAAACAAAAAGUCGAGGUUCCAUUUUAGUAAAUUUAGCGCUAAGUGCUGAAAAAAAUAAGCAUGUGGCUGUGCAGGAACACAGACAUCUUUUGAAAUUAUUGCUAAUGCAUGAAUUGGAAUCUUCGCAAGUGGCAAACUAUUGGUGGAGUGGCAAAUUUAGUACAAACGCUGAAACUAUUCGACUUCAACAUGCAGUUCAGUCAGGGUUGACCCCUUUUGAAUGCGCUCUUAGUCAAUGGUCUGUUUAUGCUACAAUUCACGAAGAGCAUCCUCUUAGCUUUUCACUCUUUAACAAUAUAUUGGAUACUGUGAUACCACCUCUUAAAUGCCAACUUUACGAAUCUGAAGAUCUAAAAACAUUCUGGGAAGGAGUUAAGCGGAUUCUACCUUCAUCUUUUGCAGUGCUCCGAAAAUUACGAGCCAAAAAUGUGAGCGACAAACAAAUCAUUAAAACGUUGUGCGAAGUCUUAGAUAUUCUAAACAAGAUAAAAAUGUUAGAAAUUCCAACAAAUUUUGAACUUUUUUCACCCAAAAUUUAUGGGUGGAUAGAACGAAAACCCGUAAAAGAAUGUACAAUAGACGACGUUAUUAUAGACGCCAUCCAUACUGGUACAAAAGAAUGGCUUGAGCAUAUAGUGGAGGCCAAUCGUCAGAAUAAUGGUACAUCGCUUGACGACGAGGACCUUCAAUAUCUAAUUAGACUCAUCCAAAUGAUCCGGUCUGAUCUGCAGCGAGCAAUGGAAUAUUUUGACAAACACUUUCACCAGAAAGUAAGAGUGAGUUUCUCUACUGUACUAUACAAAUAUUAUGAUGAAAAAAUUGUUGACAUCGCCAAAACUAUUGUCGACGAAGUAUGUAGUCACAUCAAGCGAAUUGAUGUGCCCGAUGAUAACUUGGAGGAUCUCCCUGACAUUGACAAUAUUAGCAUGGGGACCACAUUGUUUGAAUUAUAUUUGGUGUUGAAGCGUUAUCUGGAUAUGGGCAAAAGUCUUUGUCCCAAUGAAGAAUUGGCAGUUAUGCAUUUCCAUGGUUGGUUUAUGCCCGGAGUUACCCAUUGGUUGUCGAUUUCUAUCGUCAAAGCCUUGAAGCGAAUUGAGAAGGCUAUUGAGUUGGAUGAGUUGAAAGCAGUCGAUGAAACAGUCAAAUAUAGCUCGUCGGCCGUUGAUACCAUAUCAAUAUUUUAUCAGAUUAAAAUGUUUUGGGAUCAAUUGGAUUGGCCCGAUGCCGAAGGAUCCUACACAUUCGUAGCCAAAAUAGUGGAUGAUAUUUGUCGUUGCUGCGUUUUUUAUGCCCAAAGAAUGUCACGGCGUGUUGAAGCCCUUACUAGUGGUGACGUCGAGUUUUUCCACGUAUCUACCGAGUGGUGUUUAGCCAUCAACAACAUUGAUUACAUAAGACAAAGUCUGCCGUCAUUCCUUAAGGAGUUGGGCACAGAGAGGGUUAUAAAGCGAUUGGCUGAAUAUCGCACAACAUUAGAAGCAGAAAGGUGUGAAUUAACUAUCAAAAACGUGAUUGAUAACGCUCUGGAUACAGAAAAAAACCAAAUUUUAGAAUUAAUAGACAUUUUAGCACAAAAAAUGUCUCCACCAUUACGGCGAUUCCUGGCUGAAGGAGCCGAAGUUCUGCAUGAGGACUCCAAUUCAAUGGAGCGACUUAUGAUAUAUUUAGAAACUUCAUUGGGAACCCUUUACAAUACGUUAAACGAAUACAAUUUUGCUCGAACGUUUGAAGCUAUUUGGACACAAAUAUCAGGCAUUAUGUAUGACUUAAUUCAUUCGAAUCUCGAAAAACGUCGGCCUCCGGCUUUUUUUAAGAACCUGCAUGAAACGUUGAGAGUAAUGAUUUCAUACUUCAAAACGGGUGCCAUAUCGACAUGCGACAACGGGGCGUUGACUGAAAUUGAAAGAAUUUUAGAGCUCCACAGUUUUGAAACUGCAGAUCUAAUUCAUCAGUAUUAUUUAGAAAGAUUAGGUUGCCAGAAAGAAACUACGAACUCCGCUUAUGGACAACUAACUAUUAAGGGCAGAUUCGUGGACAACGGUUUGGAGUUGGUAAUUAUGAAUGCACGUAAUUUAGUUCCAAUGGAUUCCAAUGGCACUUGCGAUUCAUUUGUAAAAGCUCACUUUCUGCCAGUAAACCGAUUUGUUGGAGUACAACCGCUUAAGACUGUUACACACAACAAGACCUGUUUCCCAUUAUACGACGAACAGUUCUCAAUCAAACUCAAUGAUGAACAACGCAUACAAAAUAGUCUGAUACAGUUUAGCAUUAAGGAUAAAGAUCUAUUUGGUAUGACAAACCAGUAUAUAGCAGAAUGCUAUAUUUCUUUUGCCGAUAUAAUGGCUAAUGAAAACGAUCAAAUCCAUAUGGAAUUAUCAAGACCAGAAUAUACAGAUUCGGACACUAUACGCGCUCUGGAGUAUCGGCAAGGAGACAAACAGGCCAAGGAUUUUUUGAAGAAGUUGAAAAAUAAAUCGCACGCAUGAGAAUUAAUGCAACGUUUUUUAAGCAUAUUUAAAUGUAAAGAUUAAAUUCAUAUACCUACAUUAAAACUUAAAACUUACAUAAGUGCUAACAUGUUUACUCGUAUCCCUAACAAUGUCCAAAUGCAAUAUCCAAUAUGCAAUAUCCAAUAUGAAAUAAAUAAAACAUUUGAAAUAAUACGGUAAACAAAGAA